AUAUAUUUAAAUGCCAUUUUCAUUGUUUUCCCUCCAAAAGUACAAAAAGGGCAAACAUUAAACUGUAUUUAUUACCUAUAAUUGUGUAAUUAUUAUUAUUAUUCAGAUUUCAGAAUUUUAGCUCUAAAAGGUGUAAACAAUACAUUCCUGUCCACCUUAUUUCUUCAAUUGUAGUAAACAAAAUCCCGCAGAUAUUGAACCGUUCCACAAUUACUUAGAAAUGAUUGUAAAACGUGGUGCUCUUAUUGUAUUUGAGGGGGUGGACAGGACAGGUAAAACUACACAAGCAAAAUUGUUAGUGGAAAGUUUGAAGAAGAGACAAAUACAAGCUGAAUAUAGAAAUUUUCCCAAUAGAAAUACAGAGAUAGGCAAAGUAAUUAACAGUUAUUUAACAUCACAGAAAGAUCUUCCCGAUGAAGCAAUUCAUCUGCUGUUUUCAGCAAAUCGUUGGGAGAAAUCACGUGAUAUUCUUGACCUGCUUGAGAAAGGCACAACAGUUAUUGUGGACAGAUAUUGCUAUUCAGGAGUUGCAUUUUCUGCUGCCAAAGGCCUUGACUUGAAUUGGUGCAAGUUUCCUGACAUUGGUUUACCAAAACCUGACAAGGUGUUUUUCCUCACUUUACCUCUGGAAGUGAUGCAGCAAAGAAAUGGAUUUGGCAAUGAAAGAUAUGAAGUUCCUGAAUUCCAAAAGAAAGUUAUAGAUUUGUAUGGACAAUUAAAAGAUAAUGAUUGGGACAUAAUUAAUGCUAACAGAACACUAGAAGUUAUUAAAGAAGAGCUUUUACAAAGUACUCUCAAUGUGAUGAGCACAGUUGAGCAUACAUCUAUUGGAAAACUAUGGGUAAAGAAGUAACCUGUGAGAAGAUAUUGACUUAUACAAAGAUACAAAAAGCUGUAGAAAAUUUGUUUAUCUUUUCUAUUUUAAGCAUCUAGGUGUAGAAUUGGAUUAAGAUAAUUUAAAAAAAUGGAUCUUCUCAUUGAGGUUGAUCCUCUUUGAAUUUAAUGACUACUAAACAUCACAUUUAGACUAAGCUCAGUGAUUUAGUACUAUCAUAGGAUAAGUUUUGCCUUUUAGAAUAAGAUGAUAAUUUUACAUGCAUAACGUCAUUUCGGGCUUAUAAUUUAAUGUUAUUGACGUUAUAAAACACGAAUAUGUAAACAAAAAAUGGGGAAGAGACAAGUAGCAACACACCAUACCUACUACCUAUACUAUAC